AUGCGUCCUACGGGAACGCUUAGAGCAUCCUCUUGUGUCUUGCUUGCUGGAUAUAAUAAUAAAGAGGAUCAAGCUGCCUCUCUCCUCUCUCGCACUAAGCCGCCCAUCAUAUCGACGCAGCAACAUGGCCGCCCACGCCGUCGCCCCCUUCGUGUCUACCAGCUGCAGCAGGGUCUUCGCAACGUCGACCUGAGGAGCUUGGUCAAUUCGUUCGACCUGAAGGGACUGGUCAACAAGCUGGACAUCCAGACGGUGGGUCUGGUGGCGGUGGUGGCUGUGGCCGCCGUGUUCCUGUUGGACCUGUUCACCAAGAGCUACGCCCCCUUCGGCAGGAGUCUGGUGUCCUCCGCCGCCCACGCCUGGGAUAAAGCCGACCAGUGGGGCCUCAGCGGAAGUGUCCGUGGAAGCCGUUCCCUGGAGCCCGUGACGAAGGUCCUGGACGCCCUGGCGGAGGCGGUGAAGAAGUGGGAGGCGCAGGAGGAGGGCGUCGUCAGGCAUCGCGCUUCUGAUCUCCACAGAAAAUGAAGAUUCUUUUGUUUCAUAUGGUUGUCAUGAACACUUGAAAAAGUUUGAAUGAGUACAAAAUUUG